CCCCUCUUGAAUUACAGUUUUUGUUUUGUGGCUUUCUGAAUUUCCCCAUUGUAUUGUAUGGAAAGUGUUCCUCUUCACGUUUUCCUCCACUGAAGAAGUUAGAAAGAAGUUGCUUACUUUUAAAGCUUUUUUUUUUUUUUUCUCCUAUGGUUAUCUUGGGAAGCGUGCGUUAUCGUCUCCAAAGCGCACUCCGCGUACUUUAGCUUUAGUUUCGUUUUUGCCUCGGUACAUUUUUUUCGUGAUUAAAUUAUUUGUCCAUCCUCGGCUUCCUUCUCCUGGCUGUACUCCCAAACACGACGAUAAGGAUUGCGUUGUUUGAAAAGACGCAUUUUUUAUUUUCAUUGUACGAACUUUGGCCCCGUUCACGUGUUGUUGUGUUUUUGGAUUGCGGAAGAAGAAUGCGGUGAGCAGUAGAGCAGAGCGCCCACAGAAAGAAACGACUCAGAAACGAAACUUUGGAGCUUGAGUCGAACAAACAUGUUGCCGUGGUGACCCAGUGCUCAGAGAUGGACAGUGUUCGUUCAGAGGAAGAGGAGGAUGAGUUCACGUGUCCAGGGAUGCUCCGGGGGUCUCUCUCCUCUCUCCACUCCUCCGUCCAGCGCAUUUUCAGGGUCAGAUUCUCCAUCGGCACCGACCAACCGCCCCAAGACGCACACGGACAAAUAUGGCUCCAGCUGCGAGGACUCCACAGUGACGUGCAGGCAGCUAAACUGUUUGUGAAGGGCGUAGUGAACCAGGAGGAACAGAAGGAGGUGCCGUACCCUUUGACACUGCACUGUGUUUUCUGUGGAGCCCGUGGCCUCUUCAUGGACUGCCUCAUACGGAACACGUCUGCGCUCAUCGUGAUUGGUUCUCCGGGGCGUCUGCUAAUCUCUGGUCUGUUGGAGCCGGUGGUGAGGGCCUACUCCCUGAUCACGGACCUGGUGGAGCGCUGCGACUCUACCCAGCCGAAGCGCCUCGAUCCCGGGGAACGAGUCUUAGGCGAGUCCCUGGAGUCGAGAAGGGCCUUCAAAAACCUGGUGGAACAAUGGGACGACAGACAUACGCUGGACCUGCUGGUUUUACCUGGGGCUAUUAAGGAAUGUUUGUUGGAAUUAAUCAAAGAGGCAAGACUUGGAGAUAACCCACGGCCACUGGAAGCAGAUGGGGCAAAGCAAGACAGUACAUGGGAUAAGUCUAUUCUUUCUUUAGGGGAGAGUAGCAGUAGUAGUAGUUACGCAAAGGACGCUUCUGCAAAUUUCCUCGAUAGCUUUGGAGAAUCUGAAAGACUACGAGGAAGCCUGGUGGGUACAGAAGUAAAUGCAAAAUCUCCGCAAGAAGUUGGCGAUGAAGAGAUACUACCGAACAAUGACGAAGACGAAAAACAGUUUGCGCAGUUGUCAGGAAGCAAAGAAUUCUGGCUUUUGUUGAAGUUUUUUACUGCUAUGGGUUACACAGAAGAUGUGGUGCAGCGUGUGCUAGCUAAAACUGGACUGCAGGAGGCGUCGCAAAUAUUGGACUUGGUUCAACAGGAGCAAGAUCGAACUGACAGAGCGGCAAGAGAUGGGGAGGUGCAAGGUGCGGUUUUAACACAAGGUGAAGCCGCAGCGAAAGACUUGAGUAAUAAGCCUUGCGAGACAGAGCAUAGAGAGUAUGGAGUGAAAACAAGUAAGAAAAAAGAAAUUAUCAAUGAUGACGAUGGAAAUGGCGCGAUUGGCGGAGUUGGCGAGUUGCACGAUGAGGAUUUCGUGUUUGGCGUGCUAAAGAAAGCGGCGGCUAGCUGUGGCUACAAUGAAAAGCAGGUUACCGAAGUAUACAGCAAGCAACCAGACCAAUCUAUGCACCAGCUACUUUUAGAGCUGCAAAGGAAAGAUUCAAAACAGAAUGGAUAUUUGAAAGAGGGUCCAAGAGAGAUGGACGAUGUUGUGAUCGAUGCCAAAGAAAGAAUUAAUAAGCAAAAUGUCACAAAGGAAAGCAGGGAAGAGAAAAGUGGGGCGUUGCCAAGGCAACAAAACACUGGAGAAGAUUUAAUUUGGGGUAAUAGAAGUCAAACACAACAGGCAAAACAACACAAGCAACCAAAACAACAAAAUGCUUUCGCCGAUAAUAUCCGUGGACCUCCAUUGUCAAGUUAUGAUUCAAAUAGUAGCCAACAUUUUCCAAACCACCAGACUUUGAAUCAACCGAACUAUAGUUCAACAAGACCACAAAAUCCUCAUGUGAAUGGAAAUGACUGGGGCAGAGACAGAAGAGGACAGCAGGGGGCGGUAGUGGUAACAGGAGAGCAGAGGUUUCUUGAAGGACUUAACACGCGGUUUGAGCUGAGGCUGACAGACAGCCCGGGUAAAGAGGCGCUGCGGAACAUUAUAAUCGACGGGAGCAACGUGGCCAUGAGUCAUGGUCUGGGGCACUUCUUCUCGUGUCGGGGCAUCGCUUUGGCGGUGCAGCACUUCUGGGACAGAGGACACAGACAGAUCAGUGUGUUACUGCCCCAGUGGAGAACCAAGCAUGACUACAAGAUCAAAGAGCAGCACUAUCUCACUCAACUGAAGGAGUUGGGCAUCGUCUCUUUAACUCCAUCAAGAGAGGUCCAAGGCAAAAGAAUCAGUUCCUAUGAUGACAGAUUUAUGCUGCAACUGGCUCAGAAAACAGAUGGAGUGAUUGUGACAAAUGACAAUCUGAGAGACCUGUCUGACGAGUCUGCAGCGUGGAGGGAGAUAAUCAAGAAAAGACUGCUUCAGUAUACAUUUGUGGGGGAUCUGUUCAUGGUUCCUGAUGAUCCACUGGGACGAGGAGGACCACACCUGGAUGAGUUCCUAUCCACGGAGAUCAGAUCUCCAGAAAUGAGCGGCCUCACGUACAAUACGCACUACCGCGACCGCUCACCAGGGGGAGCGUGGGAGACUCAGAGGAGACCAGGACGAGACGGACAGAGACAGGCCUGGACCAGACCGGGACGUGAACCAGAACCAGGACCCAGACCAGGACCCAGAGCUGGGAGGAGUCCAGAGGAGACGGCACAUUUGAGGCAGCAGCUGUGCCAGGUGUUCCCCGGGCAGGACAGCAUGAUCACUCUGGUGCUCCAAACUCACCCCAACGAAACAGAUAUUAACGUGCUCUCCGCUUUGCUUUUAGAGGAGAAUUAAAGAUUAUUUUAAUGCUUUUUGAUGUGAAUAAUUUUAUUACUAAAUACUUACAUAUAAUAGGCUCUGUGCACAGUAGCAUGCUAGCUAGCUCACGUGUCUCAAAGCUAACAGUCACUUUUAUUAAAAUUGGAAAAGAGAGAAAAAAGAACCUAUUAAAAUGAAUCAAAGUAAAACCUGCCCAAUCAUUUUAUAUGUAGAACACUUCAUUUUGUAGUGUUUGUUUUAGCAUUAGCAUUAGCAUUGAGAACCAAACAUCAGACGUUUUAAUUUUAUUUGUGUGAUGCAUGUGAGGUUGCCAAGUGGUAUUGCGCACAGAGCCAGCUGCUCUUAAAAAGGUCUACUAUCAUGUAACCUUUCAGGUGGAGGGUCUGCCACUUGCUUGUCUCCACGGUAAUACAAUUGCAUUGCCAGGAAUGAAUGGCAUUAAACUUCAUUAUGUCCCUGGAGAAAAGUAGCUGACGCAACAGAGAAAGUUACGGGUCAGAGCUGUGGAGAAUACAUUAUUUGAAUCGUGCUUGUGGGCAAUAAGAGGAUCUGUGGUUGAUGAAAUGUAAGAUGGAAGAUUAGUUUGAUGCCAUAUUGUUGGACAUUCCAGGCAAAGCAAUAGUAUCUCCAUGGAGACAAGCAAGCAGCAGAUCCCACACCAGAAAAUUUGUUUGGUGCAUUUUUUUUAGUCUUCAGAUCAGACAAUUUGACCAGUUUGUUUUAAAAAUCUUCUCUUAAUUAUCUUUUCUUAUGAUCAUCUCCAACUGCACUGAUUUUAGCCUCAUAACAGCUUUUAUUUAUUUAAUUUAAAAUGUUAUUUUAAGAUUGUUUGCCGUAGUAUAUAUUGUAAACAACUAUUGGGAAAUCAUAAGUUCAAUGCAUUUAAAUUGAAGUGUGUCAGAACCUGGAGAAUUCAUAUUUUUCUCUCGUUUUUCUGUACAUGCAGCCUUUUUGAUCAUUGUAAACACGUACUUAAAAAUAUAACUCCUAAUUUCACCUUAAUGACCUACUUCUAGACAUUUGAAUGUAAUUUUUUUCCCUGUAAGUUUUGACAUUUUUGGUAAAACUUCCUUAUUCCUGAACAAAUUUGAAAAUAUUUUUGUUUACACAUUUUACUUAGUUUUGAGUUUGUCGGGUAUCUUUUAAUAUUGGUUUCAUUUGGCAGUAAAAAAGUCUUAAUUUUUUUUUUUUUUUUUUUUUUUUUUUUUUUUGUGAUGAUUUGAAAUUGAGUGUUUUAUAAUGUUAAACGUGCACUGUGUAACUUUUUGGUUUGGGUCUGUCACCUGCUCGUUUCUAUGGAUAUGUCACUGCUCUGACUGGAAUGUCUCAAACUAUGAAAUUAAACAGCUCUGCCUUACAUGUAUUCAAUUACAGGUGGUUUUAUAGCUCAAAAAUACCUAGAAAAACAGGCAUUCUGACUGUGAGCGGCCUCACCUUUCCACGGAUCUGACCUGCAACUUGGUCUGGUUUGGUCUCCACUAUGAAGAUAUAAAGGUUUAAUACUGUGAAACAUUCCAGGCAAAGAAAUAACAUUUCCAUGAAGAAAAGCAUUUUUACGGACCCUCCACCACAAAAGUUAUGCAAUGCACCUUUAAAUUUCCCUUUUUCUAUUAAUUUUAUUCCAGAAGUUGCCGUGGGCUCCACCAUCAUCAUUUGUGUUUGUGUGUUUGUGUGUUUGUGUGUGCAUGGAGCGGUUGAUCUUGUGAAGUAAUUAAGGCUGAUGUAAUUGUUCCCCAUUUUUAUAAUAGCACAUUUUAAAGGUGCAUUGUGUAACUUUUCAGGUUGGGGGUCCACUACCAUGGAGAUGCUAUUGCUUUGCCAGUUAUGUUCCUUUAAAAAUACUUUUAAAACAUCCAUUCUUACUGUGAGAGGGGUCGCCUCUUCACAGAUCUCACCUGUAAAUUGGCCUGGAGUGUCUCCUUCUUGUUUCUAUGGAGAAUGAAAAGUUUAAUGUCAUACUUUGGAAUAUUGGAGGUAAAGCAAUAGCAUCUCCAUGGAGACAAGUAACUGGCGGGACCUCUACCAGAAAAGUUACACAGUGCACCUUUUAAAUACAGUGACACUUUUACUUAUGAAGAAAUGCUUUUUGAUUAUAACUCUUUGUAAAUAAGUGUUUUCAGUGACGAAAAGAGGCCACUAAAUGAUUAAAUUAUUUCUUAUAUAUUUGGUCUAUAUAUGUUGUUUUUUUGCAAAUGCUAUUUUUGUAAAGUUGGACUUUUGGCUGUUUCUGCGUCAUUAAAAUCAAUAAACUCUGAGGUGUAUUGAUAA